AACCGAAGCAAUCUGCAAAAGUUGAACGAAAUUAAACAAACGAAGGGGAGGAAUAAAAAUUCUCUAUUCUUUCGUCGAUCGUGAAAAAACAAGGACAUCGGCAAACGGGGGAGAAAAUUGGGAAAAACUAUGGGGAAGAAGAGGAAGUCAAUAGCGACGAGCCUUGACGAGGUGGAUCGGACUAUGUACGCUUCGUUUUUCAGCGCCGCUAAUUCUUUGUCUCAGCUUUAUACUCAGGCUAUGAACCAGCAGAAACUCUCCUUCCAAGCUGGCAAACGCCAUAGCCUUGAAAAACUUUAUCAGUGGAUUCGGAGGCAACAAGAGGCGGGAACGAGAGUAACAACAAUGGAUAUCCACAAUUACCUUCAGAACGAGCUAGACUACUGUGGCGAGGAGCCAUCAAUGUCACCUAGAGCACCAAGCCAACAGCAACAACCCCAGCCUACAAUGCCGUUCAUGAAUCCCGGUUUCAUGGUCUCUUCAGGCUCAUCCUGCCAAACUUCUGUGCGGGGAACUCGCCCCGAUCAUUGUGAUCAGCAGCCAAAGAAUUCUGUUUUCUCAAAUGCCUUAUCGAGCCCUGUUCGUCUGAGUCUUCAGCAUUAUCACAUUUCUCAGGAAGGUAACUGUCCGAACGGUGGUCUGCCUUCGGGAAAUGGAGCCGGGAAGAACGAAUCCAACUUUCUGCAGCACCAGAUUCGGGAUCCUAACCCUCUCAGCUCCAACGAUACCUCGAUGGACAUGCACGCAGAUAGUUCUUCACAUGAAUCUACUUACUGAGAGAACGGCAACGGUAGCUCCCGACAAUUAUCACCGAAGUGAAGAUAACUCUCCGCAUUCAUUAAAAAAAAAAGGAACUCAGGGCAGUGGCGAUUAAAGGAGAAGAAUCUGCGUGUGUUGUGUGUUGCAUAGAUAGCACAGAUUGGUGUGAAUUUAUCAGUUUUAUGUGCUUUGGCCCUACUUGCUUCCAAGUCUUCAAUUUCUUAUUGUAAAACAUUUUGUCUAGUCAAUACAGCCGCUU